AUGAAGGGGCUGCAGAAACCCCCAGUGUCUGCCCUGGCACUGCUCCUGGCCGCGUCCUUCGUCACCUUCUCCUGGAGCGCCCCUCAGGCUCAUUUCCAAAGGAGAAACUGGACUCCUCAGGCCAUGCUCUAUUUGAAGGGUGCACAGGGACGUCGCUUCAUCGCAGAUGAGAGCCAGAGGAAGGACCUGUAUGACAGAGUGCAGCUGGAAACACGCAGCCAUAACAAAAAUCCUUUAUCCCUUUCUGAAGCUGCUGUGCUGUUCCUUACUUCCUUACAGAAAGCACAGGAAGUGGAAGAAGAAAACAGUGAACACCCUGGGUACCUGACAGACAGUCUAUUAAAUUGGUGAAAUUAUUUCAAAUGCCUUUAACAUUUGUACAGCUUUGAACCUGAAAGCAUAACUUGUGUAUCAGUCAGCACAGAGAAUAGGCAGCAGCACUUAUUGCCCCAGUCCACUCCUGCAGAAAUACUCUGAAAAAUCCUACUGAGCAAGUCCCAGCACAUAAAGACAGUUUGGGGACAGGUCUUGCAUUAUCAAGGCCUCAUUAAAGACUGCUUUGUGACUGUAUUUUUUGUUCUUUCUUUCUGAGUUGCAGAACUGGAAUUAUGCAUAAAUCUGUUAAUUAUCAUUCUGUGCUGAUAAGGAUGUAUUAUUUAUGUAGUUCU